AUGUCUAUAACACUUUACUUUAACCCUUAUUCUCAUCGAUGUUUAUCAGUUAAGACUAUUUUAUUGUUAACUAAGUGUGACUUUAAUGAAAAAAUAAUUGAUGUACUAAAAGGAGAAAAUCUCAAGCAAGCUUUUACUAAUAUUAAUCCUAAUCAAACUGUUCCAGCAAUUACUGAAGGAUUUUUUAGUUUAUUUGAAAGUCAUGCAAUUAUUAAAUACAUUUGCAUAAACAAACCAGAUUUUAGAUUAUAUCCUAAUGUAAAAAGCAUUAAUCAUAUAUUAAUAAGACAUUAUAAAAUAAAGCUUAAGUGGACUCAUAUUUAGAUUGGCAUUCAAAUGAAUUUCCUACAGUUUUAGAUUACUCUAAAGAGUGUUAUUUGAAACCUUUAUUGAUAGGAAACAAAGUUCCUUAAAAUAGAGUUUCAAGAUUAGUAGAUGUAGAAGAGGUUUUGCAAUUUUUUAUUAAAACUUUCUUAAAUGAUGGCAAAUUUAAUUAUAUUUUUGAUUAGACAAGUUUUACUAUUGCAGAUAUUAGGUAAUUAGUUUUAUUAUUUUUAAGAGCCGUAUGCGAUUUGACAUCUUUAUUUAUUUGUAAUUUUGAUUUUGAAAAGUUUCCCAUAUUAGAACAAUAUAUUACAAGAAUGUUUAAAAUACCAGAAUUAUAUCUCUCACAUUAGGAUUAUUUUAAUUUUAUAUAGAAACAAAAAUAUAAAAAUCAGUUCAUUUAAUCAAUACUGACUAAAUAACCUAAAUAAGAACAAAUUACUUUAUAUUUUCAUCCACUUUCAUCACCAUCUAGGGCUGUAAGAUCUUUAUUAUUAUUGGCAAAAAUUGAAUUUGAUGAAAAAAUUAUAGAUAUUCUGAAAUCUGAAAAUUAAUCUGAUCAAUAUUCUCUAAUAAAUCCUAAUUAAACAGUUCCAUCAAUUAAAUAAGGUUCUUUUACAUUGUUUGAAAGUCAUGCUAUUUUAAAAUACAUUUGUGAAUAAUAUAGGUUAUAUGAUUUCUAUCCUUAAGACAAUUUUAAACUUAAGGCAUAAAUUGAUAGUUAUCUUGAUUUUCAUCUUAAUGAAAUGAAAUAAAUCACAGAAUAUGUCAUGAUUUCAUAAAAUAAUUAGAAUGAACAAGAAUUAAAAGAAAAAUAAAAAAUUAUAGAUUAAUUGUUAUAAUUUUUUGUUAAAGUUUUUCUCAAUGAAGGAAAAUAUAAAUACAUUUAUAAUCAUAAAACUAUCUCGAUAGCAGAUUUGAGGUAAUUGUUAUCAAUUAUUCUAGUGCUGUCAAUCAAAUAUUAUUUUUAAUUAUGGCAAAUUAUGAUUUUAAUAGUGUACCUUAGAUUUAAAAAUAUUUAAUAAACAUUCUCGACAAUUAAUAUGUCAAGUAGUCUAACAAAGAGUAUUUUAUAUCAAUAAACAAUAAUUAGCAUAAUAAUUAUAAUUAAUUUAAUAAGUAAAUAAUUGCAUCUUCAAAAAAAAAAGGAUGUUGUUGA